AUGGCUCCAAUUGAACCUUUUAUUGUCGGCUUGGGAGCAUCUAAUCACUCAUUAGUCCGAGGUUGUCCUGGUGUUCCCAAAACUUGUCCAAGAAUCGAAGGUGUGUUGGAGAUAAGAUCGAAAGAUGGCUCUCCAUUCAUAAUCAAAUCGGUUUUGCUAGAGCUCAACACUGUUCAAUCAGUUUCUGUGCCAUCUUCAGGUUUUGUUGUUGGCUCCAAAAACGAUGCAACAAAGUCCUACAACAACUAUUCAAAUUCAAUCUACGAUAAUUCAAAUUCAAGUGAACAGAUUUUGGGUCUUGACAUCCCCUUUAUAAUCCCACUAAAUAAAGACAUCUCUUCAAGCUGUAAAAACUCAAGGUGGAACGCUAAAACCAUUCAUAAUAUCACCUCAAAGAUCAUUUGCUCGAACACUCAUAAUCAAAACCAAAACCAAAAUAAUGAGCUUUUUAUAAUAGGCUUUCCGAUUAUAAUCAAAAGAUUCGACACUUUACCUCUUUAUAGGCAAUUCAAUGAACCUGUAUCAAAAACAAUCUCAUCUCUAGACAAAUCAAUUCAAAUCAACUACUCCUUACCAAUUACUUCUGUUGGUCCCAAAGAUGAUAUUCUAAUAUACUUUAAAAUAUCCCCAUUUCAAUCCGAUAUCCCCAAUAAACCAUCCUCCAACAAUUCGAGUUCUUCCUCAAACUCCUUACUAAAAUCUCUCAUGGGUAGAAAUAAAACAAUCAAACUAAAAAAAAUCUCCUGCUCAAUCCAGGAAAUCCUAGAUUGCCACGAUUUUGGUCUUUUAUCAAAACAAACCAAAAUCUAUGAAGUCAAUUCAAACUACGACAGUAUCCUAACGCCCAAUGGAAUUUCUGCUCAAUUACAAUUUCAAUUCCCCGAUGAUCUAUCCUCCAUUUAUUCAUCUGUUAACUCAAACCAUUCAUCUUUAACUUCUUCUCUAAUUAAAAAAGUCCCAUCCCAACUAGUUAAUACUGGAAUCCCCAUUUCUCAUAUCAGAGGCUUUACAUUGUCUGGAAAAUUGUUUUCAAUCAGAUACGAAUUAUCAUUCAAACUAAAAUUCUACAACCAUCAAACUAUCAAGUUUCAGCAACCAAUAAUUGUUUGUCCCUAUGAUAGAAUAUCUAGUUACAAACUACUAAAAUGGGUAUUAAAAGAAUGGGAUUACGCCAAUUUCAUCAAUAGUACAAAAUUUGUAACCAAUUUCACUUAUAGUUUUUACAAUGGCAGGACUUCACUUCAAUCUCAUAAUAUGAAUAUGAAUAUGAACAUGAACAUGAACAUGAACAUGAACAUGAACAUGAAUAUGAAUAUGAACAUUAAUAAUAAACCCAAUUUUAGAAAUACGGUUAACGGAAGCGAUCACAAUGGAAUGGUUAAAACUUACAACGACUUUAAUGGUUUGAAGAAUCAAUCUUUUAACAAUAGCAUUGUCAUUGAAAAUGCUAAUAAUAUUAACAACAACGAUGGUGAUGAUGAUGAUGAUGAUGGCAAUUACGUUGAAAAUAUUUACCAAGUCCGACCUGCUCAAGUGUAUAGACCAAGGAAUGCUAAUGAUUGGAAAUUGUUGGGUUUAUCAGAAAAGGGUCUUGGAACUCAUCGAAGCUCCAUAAUUCAUUAUAUUGAUUAA